AUUCUCUUUCAUGUAAAGCCACCGAAGAGACCCAGGCGUAAUGCUGUAAGGGUGACAUCCAGCCCCAGCAGCCCCUUCAAAACCCCUCCUGACUCCUCCCAGCAGAGGCAAUCGCCCUCCCAGGGGACAUCCAGAAAGCCCUCCUCUCGCCGUGUGACGAGCGUGAGCGAGGAAAGCCAGGGGAUCAGUGCGAAGGAUAUCUAUGAUGCUGUGUUUUCUGGAAAGACUGCCAUGGUGACGGUGGUGGAGGAGUGGCUGUGCAGCUACAAACGGAGCAAAGAGGCAGGCCUGCUGGUGCUCAUCAACUUUAUUGUUCAGUCCUGCGGAUGCAAAGGUGUGGUGAACAGAGACAUGUUGGAAAGCAUGGAGAAUGCUGAAAUUAUCGGCGCGCUAACAAAGGAGUUCAAUGAGGAUUCUGUGAACUACCCUCUGAGCACCCCUGGUCCUCAGCUGAAGCGUUUCAAAGCCGGCCUGUGUGAGUUUCUGCGGGUCCUGGUGCGCUCGUGUCGCAACAGUUACGUCUACGACGAAUUUCUCUUCCCCUCCCUGCUGGCUCUACUCACCGGGCUGUCUGACUCCCAGGUCAGAGCCUUCAGACACACCAGUACCUUAAUGGCCAUGAAGCUGAUGACAGAGCUGGUGGACAUCGCUGUGGCCGUAUCGGUCCAGCUGCAGACCACCCAGCGGCAGUUCGACGUAGAGAACGGCAAGAAGCCGCAUGAGCGAGCCUCCGACAGGCUGGAGGAGCUGAGCGCCUCCAUCAGAGAGGUGAAACACGGCGGCACACAGACAUCGACCCGAGUGGCAGAUUAGGGG